UACGGUGUUUCGUAUAUCUGGCCAAAUCAUAAUGUUUAUCCACCUAUCAAAUAUACACGGAUACUAAUAGACCGGUCAGGAGAUAUUCGUCAGUCUACGUCUAAGCUUAGCCGAGUAAGGUUGCCUAAAGAAACAGCCGUUUAAAAAAUAUAUAUACAUUUUUUUUUGACUGUAAACUAUUAUCGGUUAUAUAAUUGUUUUAAAUUUUUAUAACUUCAUUUUUUUUCACUCUUACUGUUUAAACUCAAAAAAAACAUGAAAUCCUUCGCCGUGGUAUUGGUUGUCACAAUGAGCUUGUGUGGAUUUUUCACCCACUCCAAUGGUCUGUCAUGUUACCAAUGCAGUUGGACAGACACAUCGUGUGCAACAGAGAAAACUGAUUCGAAAUUGAAGAAGAUCGAUUGUGCAACUGCACCGGCACCUGGAGGAGCACCAACCCCGGCACCAGGAGGAGCACCAACCCCGGCACCAGGAGGAGCACCAACCCCGGCACCCGGAGGAGCACCAACCCCGGCACCCGGAGGAGCACCAACCCCGGCACCCGGAGGACCAUCAACCCCGGCACCCGGAGGACCAUCAACCCCGGCACCUGCAAAACAAGCCUUGUUCAAGAAUAAUAAACUGUUUCACGGUAUGGCUGAUCCUACUUACUAUUGUUUCAAGGUCAACAUAAAAGCAAAUUCUUCCGCCACUCCCGCUGUAGAACGCGGCUGCAAGACGACCAACAAAGCUGAUGACUGUGUGGUAAUCGAUAAGGCUGCACAUGCCACAGCCGUUGCAGAGAGCUGUGUGGUUUGCAGCAAGGACAACUGUAAUGGAAAUGGUCAGUCUAUGGUCACAGGGUCUGCGGUGCAGUGCGCCCUCAUAUCCUCCCUGGUGGUUGCCAAGAUGUUUUUCCAAACCAAGUGA